GCCCUGGACAUCAGCUGCGACACUUGUUGUGUUUGCCUUAAAUGCUUAGUUUAUUGUGAAAUAGCAAUGCUGGACAAAGUAAGAAACGUUAUCGUUGUGCUCUCGGGCAAGGGUGGCGUGGGCAAAUCAACAGUUAGCACGCAAUUGGCGCUAGCAUUGCGAGCAACCGGUUAUAAGGUCGGUCUGUUGGAUAUAGAUCUGUGCGGUCCCAGUGUGCCACAUUUACUGGGCCUUGAGGGGCGUGACAUUUACCAGUGCGACGAUGGCUGGGUACCCAUUUAUACAGAUGAGAGUAAAACUCUUGCCGUCAUGUCCAUUGGAUUUUUGCUCAAGAACCGCAAUGAUCCCGUCAUUUGGCGAGGACCCAAAAAGACUAUGAUGAUUAAGCAGUUUCUUACCGAUGUCAAAUGGGAGGAUCUUGACUAUUUAAUCAUUGACACUCCGCCUGGCACCUCGGACGAGCACAUCACGGUUAUGGAAUGCCUGCGCGAGGUGCCUUGUAAUGGUGCAAUCAUUGUGACAACGCCGCAGGGCGUGGCCUUGGAUGAUGUGCGCAAAGAAUUAACCUUCUGCAAAAAGACCGGCAUUAAGGUGCUGGGCAUUGUGGAGAAUAUGAGUGGUUUCGUUUGUCCGCACUGCAACGAUUGCACGAACAUCUUUUCGUCGUUAGGCGGCACGGAACUGGCGCAGUUGGCUCAGGUGCCACUUUUGGGCACCCUGCCCAUCGAUCCGCGAGUUGGCGUUUUGGCAGGCAGCACCGCAUCGGUUUUGAACGAGCUCGCAGAUUCCAGCACGGCGCAAGUAUUGCGCAGCAUUGUCCAACAUUUGGAUGGAUUGACAGCAGUGCCAACGUCCGCUUAGACGGACAGUGAGUGGCACCCACUUGCCCCCUUUCCCAUAAAUCAGAGACUUAAUUUCUUCAGUUUUUCGCUUUAUUUUAUUUUUAUGUAUUAUGUAUUUGGGGGAGAGAUGCUAGAAAUGCUUCUUAUUCUACUCUUUUUGGUAUAUCAAUUAUUUUAGUUUUUGUUUCAUUUGUUUAAUAUAUAUAUUUCAAUGUUUUAUAAUACAAUUUAUCACAAUGCAUUGUUUAAUUAAGAAAUAACUGUCUCAGAUUGUCUGUAUUCUAAUGCACAGAAGCCCCUUUUAAUGUGGGCAAAAUGGGGCAUGGCCUCAUCAAACACAGUCAUUUCCUAUCGUAUAUGUAU